ACUGGCUUGUGGAUGUUUCUGUGGUGGUGCUUACUACCUGUUAUCCUGCUUACGAAUGCACCUAAUUACUGUGCAUCAGUUGUUUUGGUUGCAAAUGAUACUAACUUCAACUCAUUAAUAUCUGAAUAUGAUGUAGCAUUACUGAAAUUCUCAGCAGAAUGGUGUUAUUAUAGCCGAAUGUUAGCGCCAAUCUAUGAACAAGCCUCGGAGAAGUUUACUGAAUUGACAAAAAGUCGUAAAGUUGCUUUUAUCUCAAUAGACUGUGAAAGUAGUCAAAAUAUAUGCACCAAACAAUAUAUCCGUAAAUAUCCUACAAUUAAAAUUACAAAAUAUGGUAAAAUGCUAAAAAGUGAAUAUCGUAAUGAAAGAAGUGUGGAGGCAUUUGUUAAAUUUGUUGAAGAUAGCCUGAAGUUUCCAGUUGAAAUUAUCAAUGGUCAUCAGGAUAAACCGGUAAAAAUUUUGGAUAGUUGGGUAAAUAAAAGUGUUGAGACGAAAUGUAUAUUGGCAUUGGUUGAUAAGUUGGAUACUUCUCAUAUGGAUUUAUUUAAAAAAGUCGCUGCUAUUGAACAAAACUCAUGUAAAUUUUACAUAUAUUAUAAUUUGACAACGAAUGAUGAACGACUUGCAACGUACGAUACUAUGGCUUCUAAAAUUAAAUCAUUAACCAUUUUGAAAAAUGCCGAUCUUACUGCAAUACAUAAUUGGGUAAAGAAUCAAUGCAAUAGUUUAGUACGUGAAAUCACAUUUAGCAAUGCAGAAGAAAUCACUGAAGAACGUUUACCAUUAAUGUUAUUAUUUUAUAAUCCAGAUAAUAAAACAAUUGUUAGUCGUUUCAUGGAAUUUGUCAAUUCACAUUUAAGUCAUCAUCAAUCCACAAUCAAUUUUGUAACAGCGAACGGAAUCACCUUUUCACAUCCAUUAGCUCAUCUAGGCAAAUCUAAAGAAGAUCUACCGUUUAUCUGUUUAGAUUCAUUUGCACAUAUGUAUGUAUAUCCUGGAUCAGUAGAGAUGGCAUUAAGUGAUCCAAAACACUUGGAUCAGUUUGUUGAAGAUCUAAAAUCUGGCAAACUACACAUGGAAUAUCAUUAUGGUUCAGGCAGUGAAACAACAACUACAUCUCCAAAAACCGAGGUUGACGAAUCAGUCAAAACUACACCACAUGUUUCUGUAUUCCAACAUUUAAGUCCAUCAAGAAUGCGAUAUACAAUUAUACAUGAUGAAUUCUAACAAAAUACAAACAUAUAGGUAUAUAUAUAUAUAUAUAUAGUCUGGCAUCCUGUAAUUUUGUUCAUAUAACACCUCCUUUUUUUGAAUACAUUAAACCUAUAGAAUUGGGAAAAGGAACAUGAUUGAUGUUUUGUGCUCUGUUCUCACUAUUUCCCUCUUUCUAUCCCUCUGUCUACACAUACGUUAUUUUCUGUAGGAUCAAUUCUAUAUUUUCUUUUUUUACAAAGGUUUGUAUGUGUGUAAUGUCAUUGCAUGUGUACAUGGUGUGUACACAUGAAUGUUGUCCUCUUCUUGCUGUUCUUCUCACCAUCCUUCUUCUCUUAGUAAGUGCCAUUACUUUGAAUUAAACAAUCACUAUUCUGCUUGUUUGAUUUUCUUCUCUUAAGAGUCAUUUUGUUGUUGUACAUUUCUUUCUAAUCAAAAAAAUAAUAAUAAUUGAAUAAAUAAAUCAUGAUUCGAAUAGACGACAAUAUGACUGUGAAUCUGUUGAAAGAGAGAGAACGUUCUUCUAAGAGUUGUUUGUCAAUGCUCAGUUUAAAUCUACUUUUCUUUCUCCUUCUCUUCUUUUCUAAAUCUCUUGUUAUACUUUCAAACUGUGUUACUUUGAAUAGUGAAGUAUUUUGUUCAUUGAUUUGACUAGUUCACUCACUAUGUGCUGUACUCUUUUAUUGAAAAAAAAAAAUUUUUUUUGUAAUUAGAUCACUUCUUUUCUAAUUAUUAUUGUUAUUGUCUUUCAUAGUUUCUUAUUUCUUAUCACUGCUAAUAUUAUAAUUGUUAUGGGUGACUAUAUAUAUAUGUGUGUGUGUUGUACAUUGAAAUAGUUCACCUCUUUAGGUGUAUAAUGGUAUGGUGUAAUAACUCUGUCAUAAACUGUAGUAAAUUCGCGUGAUUGUGCGUGUGCACUCCCCCUCCCUCCCACACACACACACAUACAAACGCUGUAGAGUGAGUAAAUUAUAGUGAAAGUGAUCAAGAAAGAAACAGAGUAUAGAAAUCAUAUAAUUUACUGGAUGUGGUUAACGACUAAAUUGAGAGUUUGUUUGUUCUUUCAGUAGUUGUUUGCCUUUCGUUUUUUUCUCUCACAAAAAUUCUACUUUUAUAAUCAAUUUCAUGGUGAAUUAGAGAUCUGUAUUUCCUUUCUUUUUGUUAACCGGAUGAUGGUGUUUUUUUUGUAAUUGUAAUGUUUGGACUUCUAUUAUGCUUACCGUACAUAGUAUCAAUAAUAAAGAAAUUCUAACGUGUGGAAA